UUGUACUAGUCACUGCUGACUCGGUGAGUGGCGUAGUGCUCCUCGAUAAUUCUCAUACAUUUAUCUUCCCUAACCAACUGCCAAGAUGUCCGAUGAAGAAGAAGUUUACUCCGAAGAAGAGGAGGAAGAAGAAGUCGUAGAGACAAAACCAGUCGAAAGAAAAGUUGAAGUCGAGGAGUCCGGAGAUCCAGAGUUCAUUAAACGUCAGGACCAAAAGAGAUCCGAUCUCGAUGAGCAACUCCGAGAAUACAUCGCAGAAUGGCGUAAACAACGUGCCAAGGAAGAGGAUGAACUCAAAAAACUGAAAGAGAAACAGGCCAAACGCAAAGUCACGCGUGCUGAUGAGGAACGUAAGAUGGCUGAAAGGAAGAAGCAAGAAGAAGAGAGACGUGUCCGCGAACUGGAAGAAAAGAAACAACGCGAACAAGAAGAGAAGAGGCAGCGUCUCGAGGAGGCCGAAAAGAAACGUCAAGUUAUGAUGCAAGCCAUGAAAGACCAGAGUGCAAAGAAAGGUCCCAAUUUCACCAUCACCAAGAAAGAUGCAUCCGCAGCAUUGUCUCCUGCCCAAUUAGAAAGGAACAAAACCAAGGAACAACUAGAAGAAGAAAAGAAAAUUUCCCUUUCCAUCCGUAUCAAACCUUUGCAAUUGGACGGACUUAACGUAGACGCCCUUAAAAAGAAAGCCAUUGAACUUUGGGAUUGUAUUGUCAAACUUGAGACAGAAAAGUACGAUUUAGAAGAAAGGCAAAAACGUCAGGACUACGAUCUUAAAGAAUUGAAGGAAAGACAGAAACAACAAUUGAGGCACAAAGCCUUGAAGAAGGGAUUGGACCCUGAAGCCCUCACAGGAAAAUACCCGCCAAAAAUACAAGUCGCCUCCAAAUAUGAACGUCGUGUAGAUACCAGAUCGUAUGACGACAAGAAAAAAUUAUUCGAAGGAGGUCUUGAAGAAAUCAUUAAGGAAGUAUCCGAAAAGACAUGGAAAGAUAGGAGCGGCCAAUGGGAAUCUCGUCAAAAAGCGAGACUACCAAAAUGGUUCGGUGAACGCCCUGGCAAGAAAUCUGGCGAUCCUGAAACCCCUGAAGGUGAAGAAGAGGGUAAGCAUGCUGGUGAUGACGAUGAAGACAUCAGAGAACCUACCUUCGAACCUGAACCUGAAGAAGAGGAAGAAGAAGAGGUAGAAGUUGAUGAGGAAGAGGAAGAAGAAGAGGAGGAGGAGGAAGAGGAAGAAGAGGAAGAGGAAGAAGAAUAGAUUUAGGUUUUUGUUACUGAUAAAGACAGAAUUCCAGUGAAAUCAUUUUAAGCAACCUCAGCACAAAUGAGUUAUUACUAUUAUUAUUAUUAUUACUAUCAUUUGUAAUACUUAUUUCGUGAACUUGUAUAUUAUUAUUANGUUGU